AUUAUUUACGUCAAUGAUUUCUUUAAUUGGAACUAUGUAUAAAGAUCGAAAUAAUUCGAUUACAACAGAACACACCAACUCGUCAAGAUAGUAACAUACCAAUCCAAAAGACUAUUUACACUAUACAAAAUGAGAACUAUCAAGUUGCUAUCUUUUUUCCUAGUCUAUGUCAUCGAGGCCACUUUCGCAAUGUAUAUACCAAACGAGGACAACGAACACACCGGUCAAAACUCAAUGUUUCCUAGAAACGAUGAAUCCAGACUGAAUACUAAUUCUGAUACAUCAGGAAUACGAAUACAUAUAAAUGGAAAUGGAGGAAGGGAUACUCCAUACAUUGUUCUUCGAAGAAAACCCAAUUCAAACAUGCGGCUGCGAAUCAACCAAGGCAUGAAUUCCAAUGCGCCAUUAAGGAUAGUAUAUGCAGGAAAUCAGCACAGUACUUCGGAAUCUAACGGACCUUUUCAUCCACAACAUGCUCCAUCAAGACAAAGAAUCGUGUUUAGAUCACCGGAAGUCAACGAAAAUCCUACAAUGUAUGCAAGAAAUCAGCUAAGUACUUCGGAUUCUUUCGGAACCUUUGAUCCACCACAUGCCCCUUCGAGACAAAGAAUCGUGUUUAGAUCAUCGGAAAUCAAUGAAAAUCCAACAGGAGGAUUUGACAAUCAGCUAUUUUCAGAUUCUACCGGACCCUUUGAUAGCCCACAUGGCCCUUCGAGACAAAGAAUCGUGUUUAGACAAUCUGAAGUUAAUGAAAAUCCAGCAACAGUGUUUGAAAGAAAUCAGCAAAGAAUUUCGGAUUCUACCGGACUCUUUGAUCAAUCACAUGCGCCUUCAAGACCAAGAAUUGUGUUUAGACAAUCGGAUGUCAAUGGAAAUCCCAGCAGGAUUAUUUUAAAAUCUACAAAUCAAUCGAGAGUUCGAAUAUCAUCUAGAAACUUCAAACAAUCAAGAUCUCGUCAAUGAAAAUAUCAAAAAAUUAGACAUGUUUUGAAAUCCAGAUAUCCCGGAUGUUAAAUAAUUCGGAAGUUUCAAUCUAAAUUUCGAGUGCUAAAUUUAACAAAUUUCGUUGUAACAUGCUGGCGUGUUACCAUAUUUUGUAUUAAAUUAAUUUUUUUAAA